GUGGAAUCGCCAAGUUACUGCAGCGAGAAUAAGAUCCACAAAUAGUCGUCAAAUUGUCCAUUUGUUUAUCACUGUUGUGUAAAUUAACUAAGUUGAUUCACAACAAACAUGGCGCUCACCGAUGCUGACGUCCAAAAACAGAUAAAGCACAUGAUGGCCUUCAUCGAGCAAGAGGCCAAUGAAAAAGUUGAGGAAAUUGACGCCAAAGCGGAGGAAGAGUUCAACAUCGAGAAAGGACGUUUAGUGCAAACGCAGAGGGUGAAGAUAAUGGAAUACUAUGAGAAGAAGGAAAAGCAGAUUGAACAGCAUAAGAAAAUCCAAAUGUCCAACCUGAUGAACCAAGCACGGCUGAAGGUGCUGAAGGCCCGUGAUGACAUGAUCACAGAUUUGUUGGUUGAAGCCCGGCAAAAACUCGCAGUGAUUGCGCAGGACCCCGUGAGGUACUCCACAUUGCUUGAGGGGCUUGUGCUCCAGGGUUUGUACCAACUGCUGGAAGAGAAAGUCGUCAUUCGUUGUCGGCAGCAGGAUGUGCAGAUGGUUCAGGUUGCCGUUAAUAAGAGCAUCCCCACCUUUAAAGAGGCUGUGAAAAAAAACCUUGUUGUUAAAAUUGACAUGGACCAUUUUCUACCAUCAAGCAUCUGCGGAGGAGUUGAGGUGUAUAAUGACAACGGCAAGAUAAAAGUUUCCAACACUUUGGAGACCAGACUGGAACUUUUAGCACAACAGAUGAUGCCUGAAAUCAGAGUGUCCUUAUUUGGCGCCAACACCAACCGCAAGUUCACAGACUAAUAGUGAAUGCGAAAGGUGCAGCAUGCACACAGCUGGAAUAUUUUUGAGCAACAAUAUCCCAAAAGUGCAUUGGCGUUGCAUGUUUCACAUGACAAGUAGUCUUACUCAAGUGCCUUUUCAGUGAGUGUCUUCAAUUUCAUUUAAACCUUGUGUGCCAAAUAUGUGUCUGUGUGUUUUAACUGUGUUACUACGUUUUCAAUUGUACACAAGCAAACAAAGAAAAUCUUUAUUAAUAGGGAGCACUUAAUAUUCAAAAGACAAAAUAAUAAAUAAGUGCCAC